AUGCACGCAUGGGCGGCCCCACGCACGCAGCCAUUCGUCGGUGGGCGUGCGCCAUGGCCGGGUAGCAUCGUGCUGGGUCGUCAGGUGGCGGGUCUGCGCGCCCGUGCGGCCCCGGCGCCGACGCCGACCCUGUGGACGCCGACGCUGCCCAGGCCCGCGUACCGCGCCUUUUUGCGCGAUGCCAUGCGUCUGAUGGCGCGCACCACACGCACACUCGAGCAGGUCGUUGCAGCGUGUGCGCCGGUGCCGUCGUGGGUCGACCACGUGCACAAGCGCGAGGAGCUGCAGUGUGUCCUGCUGGAGGCGGCGCUGCGGGCGCGCGUGCCCCUACCGCGCCUCGAGCAGCUGUGUACGGUGCAGGCGCAGCCGCCAGCGGGCGUGCCGCCGCCGCUUCUUGCAUUCCGCCGCGCAAUGCUCUUUCGCGCCUUUACCGCCCAGCUCCAGGGCCAGCGCUUCGUUGCCGCGGCUCAGCUCCUGGGUGACGCGCGAUUGCGGCCGUCGCAGACGACGUAUAUGCUACGCCAGCUCCUACAGGCGCUACGCACACCCUCUGCUGCGCCGCUCACUAGCGAGCCGACGCAUUCGCCGCGCGCCGCUCUGCGAGAAGCAUGCGAGCGAUUGGCCACGGUGGCACAGCGGCGUGGCGCUGUGGACGAGCGUGUGUUCCUGGGCGUGCUGCGCGAGCUCAGCCGCCGCCACAUGCAUACACACAUGGCGCCAUGGGCGCGCGUAUGUGCGCCCCUCGUGCGAGGCGGCCCCACCCUCGCGCCACAGCUCGCCGAGGUCGUGCGUCGCGUCGCGACCCGCCACGGCGCGGCACCGGACGCAGCCAUGCUGGUCAUGGCCCUGCCGCCGCCCUGGCGCACGCCCUCCAUGCUGCAUACCCUGCUACUCUACCUGGACGAGGAGCCAUCACCGCAGGCGGGCGCUGCGACGCGGGCUGUGUGGGACGACGUGCGCAGCGGCCUCGGGCCGCUGCUAGCACAAUUGCACACGCACUUCGCACGCCUACGAGUGCAUGCGUCGCGGGCGAGCGCAAGGGCUGCGUGGCACGAGUGGCGCGCGCUCGAGCAGCUCGAUGCCGUCCCUGAUGCCCUGCGCGCGCAGGCCGCGCUGCUUGUGGUACAGACGCUCAGCGCGGCGGGCCGGCUGAGCCUGGCGAUGCGCUUGGCGGAGCGGCGCGCGCCGAGCGUGCUGGUCGCGCAUGGCACAGCCGCACUCUAUGCCAUGUUGCGCAGUGUGCUGCAAGCCGCGCAGACACACGGCCAGAGCGAGCGCCGGACGCUGCUGAGCCACAUGUACGAGUGUGUGCUGCGGGCUGCCGCACAGCGCCCGUCGCCACCCGCGCCCGACCACACGCGCGCGCUGCAGCUGCGGGAGCGCAUGCCGUGUAUGCAUGGGCCGCCAGCCGUGCCGUCGAGUGCCGUGGUGCACGCGCUGCUGGCGCACGUAUCGCGCCUUGUGGACACGUACGCGCUGCGGCCCGACCUGGCGACGCUGCAGCUUCUCGUGCGCACCGCAACGCAGUGGAAUACGGCGAUGGACUCGCGCGCCCUGUGGCACAUGGCGGACCUGGCGCUGCCUCGCGUGCCUGGGCCCCGUCCGCCCGUGUACCGCGCCCUGCUGUGCGACCUGGCCGCCGCCUUAGAACGCCGGCACGACCGCGCGAGCGCUCGGCAUGCACGGGCCCUCGCGCGCCGCUCUUUCCUCCGCAUGUCGUCGUUCAAGGUGCGGCUGCGUGUGCCGUCGUCGAGUGCGGCUGCGCCAGCGCCGAGCUCUUCAGAGAGUCCGCCUGCGGCCCCGAAGGCCGAGGUGCACGAGCCGGACGAGUCGAUGCAGAGUGACAUGGUGACUGAGGACGCUUCGGACGACGAGCUCGCUGACGAGUCGCUCUCUGCGGCGGCGGACGGCGAGAGCCCGGCGCCGGCCGGUGAUGAGAAGAAGGGCAAGAGGAAGACCAAGCGCAUCGCGCCGCCGACCGGCUCGAUUUCUGCGGUGGCCGCGACGCUCACGCUCGAGGAGCUGGACGCGCUGCCGUCGGCCAAGCGGCGCAAAGGCCUCAAGACGCGGGGUGCGCCGGGCCCGGGGCGCGGCUGGCGCAAGGGCCUAUCGAAGGGCCAGAAGCCCGUGUACCGCCUGCCCGGCUCGAACCUGUCGACGGCGGACCUGCCGCAGCACCAGACUGUGCACCCGACGACGCCGUCCAGCUUUUCCAAGCUGGCAGAGUCGGCGCCGCGGCGCGCACGGAGCUCAGGGAGCCCGGCGCAGGCGGUGGCGCCCGCGCCGUCGGGGCCCCUGCGCAGCAGCACGAUCAAGGUGACGCAAAACUCGCCGGACGCCAUAUUCCGGUACCCGUCGAUCCCGGGGCCCAAAGAGAUGCCCAGCCUGCUGCCGCUCGCCAAGGUGCCCAACUUUAUCCCGGCGGUGGCGCCUGUCGAGAAGUUCAAUACGGCGCAGCGCGUGCGGCCCUGGCGGUCGGCGCAGCGCGAGAUUCUCACGCUGGGUGGGCGCGUGUGGCGUGCGCCUGUGUGGCUGAGCGAGCGGCGCCCCGAGGACGACGAGCCGGCGGAGGAGGCGGCCGCCUAG